GUGCUUUCCUGCCCAUACCCCUGUCCAGAUGCCAUGUCCCCGUGCUGAAGCUGUGCCCCUGUCCCUGCAGAACGACUCCUGGGGCAAGCAGUACUCGUACGCCCUGUUCAAGGCCAUGAGCCACAUGCUGUGCAUCGGCUACGGGCAGCAGGCGCCGGUGGGGAUGUCGGACGUGUGGCUCACCAUGCUCAGCAUGAUCGUGGGGGCCACCUGCUACGCCAUGUUCAUCGGCCACGCCACCGCCCUCAUCCAGUCCCUGGACUCCUCGCGCCGCCAGUACCAGGAGAAGUACAAACAGGUGGAGCAGUACAUGUCCUUCCACAAGCUGCCCGCCGACAUGCGGCAGCGCAUCCACGACUACUACGAGCACCGCUACCAGGGCAAGAUGUUCGAUGAGGAGAGCAUCCUGGGCGAGCUGAGCGAGCCCCUGCGCGAGGAAAUCAUCAACUUCAACUGCCGCAAGCUGGUGGCCUCCAUGCCCCUGUUUGCCAACGCAGACCCCAACUUUGUGACAUCCAUGCUGACCAAGCUGAAGUUUGAGGUGUUCCAGCCCGGGGACUACAUCAUCCGGGAGGGCACCAUCGGCAAGAAGAUGUACUUCAUCCAGCACGGCGUGGUCAGCGUCCUCACCAAGGGCAACAAGGAGACCAAGCUGGCCGACGGCUCCUACUUCGGAGAGAUCUGCCUGCUGACGCGCGGCCGGCGCACGGCCAGCGUGCGCGCCGACACCUACUGCCGCCUCUACUCCCUGUCCGUGGACAACUUCAACGAGGUUCUGGAGGAGUACCCCAUGAUGAGGAGAGCCUUCGAGACCGUGGCUCUGGACAGGCUGGACAGGAUUGGCAAGAAGAACUCCAUCCUGCUGCACAAAGUGCAGCACGACCUCAACUCGGGGGUGUUCAACUACCAGGAGAACGAGAUCAUCCAGCAGAUCGUGCAGCACGACCGGGAGAUGGCUCACUGUGCCCACAACGUGCAGGCCGCCGCCGCCGCCGCCUCCACGCCCACGCCGGUCAUCUGGACGCCGCUGAUCCAGGCCCCGCUGCAGGCCGCCGCCGCCACCACCUCGGUGGCCAUCGCCCUGACCCACCACCCGCGCCUGCCCACGGCCAUCUUCCGGCCGCCCGUGUCCGUGCUGGGCUCCCUGGGCCAGCAGCCCAGCCAGACCCCCCGGCAGCUGAAGAGAUUCCAGUCGCUCAUCCCGUCCGCCGGCCCCUCUGCCGUGGGCUCCCCGUCCAGCACCCCGUCCCAGCUGCACACGCCGGGCGCCGAGACGCCCUCGUCCUCCUCGUUCCACAUCCAGCAGCUCGCCGGCUUCUCGGCCGCCGCCGGCCUGGGCCAGUUCCAGGUGGGGUCCCCUCUGGGGGGCUCCGGCCAGCCGGGGCUGAGCAGCACCUCCUCGGUGGGGCUGAGCCACUUCCAGAAUGCACCCUCUGGGUCACCCUUAGGCGCAGCUCAGCCCCUGCAGCAGCAGCAGCAGCAGCAGCAGCAGCAGCAGCAGCAGCAGCAACAGCAGCAGCAGCAGCAGCAGCCAGCCCUCUCCAGCAGUGGAUUUGGGCACUUCCAGCAAGCCUCAGCCAGCUCCCCAUCAACAUCCCUCACCCAGCUCUCAUCAAACUCCCCCCCCAGUCUCCUGAACCAGUUCCAGCCCACCACGAGACCACUGCAGGGGGGACAGUCGCAGCAGCUCUCGGGCAGUGGGACCCUGGGGGGACUGAACCACUUCCAAGCCCCUCCUUCUUCCAACUCUCCAUCCUCCAGCCUCAGCCAGCUGGUGCAGGCCUCGGGCGGGCCGUCCGCAGGCCUGUGCCAAACACAUCCAAGUGCUUUAGGAUCUCUGACUGGAACGAUAGCCCAGCUCCACCAAGAGCGGCCUCCCUUCGCCUCCGCGUCCCCGCUCCAGCAGCCCGGCAUCGCCUCUCCCUCCUACACCCCUUCUGGCCUUAGUCCUCCCAGUCAGAGCCCGGUGGCCACCAGAACUUUCCAGAGCGGCCCUGGCGGGGCCUCGGGCUCGCAGGGCUCGCUGCUGCUGCCGCAGCCCGCCAGCCCCCCGGCCCAGCCGCUGCCGGCGCGCGGCGCGGUGCCGCCGGGGCGCCUCAACCAGGACAUCAAGCUGAUUUCUGCAUCCCAGCCCUCCCUGCCCCAGGAGCUGGCUCAGACGCUGGGCCGCCACAGCUCUCCUCAUUCCUCUAGAGAAUCUGUUUCCAGCUUCUCCCCUUUCCCGGGCGGCGGGAGCGGACUGCUGGGGAGGCCGUGUAGCUCCAUCCCCGGGCGGGUGACGCUGCCACGCCAGAUGUCCUCAGGUUCUCUGCCACACCCGCUGGCCUUGGGAGCCGGCGCCGCUCCCCUGACUGCGGGCGGGCGGAAAGAGUCCAUAGUGCUCACGGGGGAUCUGGAGCCCGUCAGGUCCAAACUGCCCUCCAAUUUGUGAGGACUCCUGGAGCAGCUGCUCCUGCCAGCUCUGCCCUUCAGUUCCUGAUGAGUUCACCGAGCAGUUUUUUCCUUUCUUUCCCUCUGCACCACUCCUGCUUUUUUUUUUUUCCUCCAUUUCUUUUGUUUAGGUUUAACUGUGCUUAGAAACAAAGAAAAAACACAUGAAAAACAACGGGAAAAAAAAAAAGAAGAUAACCAGGUAUUCUUAGAGCUAUAGAUUUUUUGGUCACUUGAUUUUAUAGAAUAUUUUAAUACACAGGAAAAAAAGGAUACGAGCAAAUUUAAUCCAACGAGGUAACGCACAGCCGGGGCACGUGCCUGAGCUGGAACACGUGAAUGAGCAGCCAUAGAAGCCACCAAAAAGGUUUUCCUGUUGAGACAAAGCUCCGAGGUUGAUGUGGGCCACAGAAGGGCUCGUGGGGUCAGGCCCGGAGCUGGUGUUUGUAGAGCAGCCCUGGUUGGCCUCAGCUUUGCCCCAGCUGUGACCCCGGGGCUGCAGACACACUACAAGUGUCCCUGCCUCCCUGCCAGGUCACCUCCUGCGCUCAGCAGGUCACAGAGGAGCCAGGAAGGGGCGAGUUCACUCUUUUAGACCCCUUGAGGGAUUUCCCAGGGGCUGAGAUUUGGGUUGGACUCCAGCUGAGGAAGAUGAAGGUGACCAGGAGAUGGAUGGGUCUCGCUGCAGAUUGUCCCUUUCUUACUCCACUGAUGCUGCAGUGGGAGCAGGGAGCAAUCCCUGCAAGGCACAGGGAGGGCAGGGAUGAUCCCUCUGUACUUUGAUGUGGGCAGAGGGAGAAGCCAGCACAGGCAGAAGGCCCCGAGCUUCAGCCUCUCCAUGGAGCGUGCAAAGCACGGGAGGGAUGAAGGAAGAGGCAGUUCUUUAACGUCCCCUCUGUCACUUCAGCGUCGCAGUGUCCCUGGGUGACUGCUCUGAGGAGAACUAGAAAGGACUGAGCAGUGGGUGCAGUCCCCAGCCCAGGGCAGCGUGAAGGCACCAGGACAGUUCCAAGAUUCACAACUCCGUUUUUACCAUCAAAACCAGAUCAGCCCAGAAAUUUGGCCGGCCUCGGUCUGUGCUUGUCCCCUGCUGGGGGAACCGAAAUCUUUUGUUUGAUUUCACCAGCAAUAAGAGCCUGCAGCUGGUGGGCUUCCCCUGACACCCUGCAGGCCCCCGGGCACAGCCGGGGCUCUGGGCUGGGCUUUGGGCUCCCGGCCCGGGCCGUGCCGGUGGGGCGGGACAGAACGGGGCCAGCAGCACUGAGCAGCCACAGCCUUUACCUCCAGGGCAGUCUCCUUUUGUGUCACUUCGUCCUUCCUCUCUGUUUGGGUUUUUCUUAGGCCAAGGGGUGUCUGUGGCCACCUCACUGUCCGAGUCAGGUGCUCAACUUUUCUAACGCUCCUUAGAGACACAUCCAGCCUCCCUCUGUCCCCAGCCCUCACGGGGACAGGACUCCAUGCAGCAGUGCCAAAAACUUCCCCAGCCCAUCCCGAGCCCCUCCAGCUCCCUGUGCCCUGCCCCCAAACCCUGGCUGACAGUUUUUAUACCGACUUGUCUGCAGAAGUCUCUGCCACGUGCCUGCACCUUGAAUGUUGCAUUCCUGGGCACUCCUGCUUCACCCUGCUUUGGUGGCUCCGAAUUCAGAUGUGAUCAGCUUUGGUCUUCCUUAAAGGAUCAGGGGAACUCUGGAAAUGCUUUUUCUACUGGCUCCAUACAGCUCUGUCUGUGUGAGUGUGGUGGGAGGGUGAGCGUGUGUGUGUGUGUGUGUGUGUGUGUGUGUGUGUUUGUAUAGAUUUUAUAGAUGUAUCUAUAUCUACACACCUGCUUUUCUAUCUGUAGGGUAGUCACACACAUCUGUAGUCUAUUUAUGCACAUGUAUCAGCACACACACACACACAUAUUUAUAUAUAUAUAUAUGUAUAUCCUAGUUUUAAAAUACGUGUCAGUUCUGACCCUCCUGCAGGGCUGAUUGGCAGGUGACAAUUAUAACCUCUAGAUCCUGCUUUUCCAAAUAUGUACAGGUUCAUCUUGAAACAGGAAUUGAAGCAGACUCACAGACCCUCUCAUGUUUUCAGAGGUAGAAGGAAGACUCACAAUAUCCUUUUCAGUUUUUUGGGUUUGUAGCCAACCUUUCCCCUGUGUGCCAGAGGGCCCCUGGCCGAGCACCUGGAGAGUUUGGGGGCUCCGUGUGGGGCUGGGCUGGGCAGGCAGGGGGGAGAGGUCUCCAGCCCUCCUGGGCUCCUGUCCCGUGGCUGCUGCGCUGGCCCCGAGUCCUGGUCACCCUGGGGACCCUCAGGGGACACCCAGGGCUGGCACUGCCCCCUCCUCACUGCAGGACAUCCUCCUUGGCUUUGCUUCCCUCGGGGAUCUUCUUUGGGUUUCCAGCUCUCAGCACUGCAGUAGCCAACUUUGAGUUACUCUGACUGGACCCCAGUCAACACUAGGCUUGUCUCAGUAGGUGGAACUAUAUUUAUUACUAUUAUUAUUAUUAUUAUUAUUAUUAUUAUUAUUAUUAUUACUAUUAUUUGGUUUCUUUUGGGGGGAAGGGAGGGGAAGAGUUCUAGGGGUGGGGUUUACAAUAUAAAACACACAAUAAAAACCUUAGUAAAUAAAAAUGUGAAAAACCCA